GACUUUUACUUUGAAGUGAGCAGAGGGAACGCGGCACUUUGCAGUGAUGGCUACCAAACGGAACUAAACUUAUUGAAGGGGAAAAAAGAAAGGAAAUUUGCACACACACACACACACACACACACACAAAAAAAACUUUGCGCAUGACAAAACCAGGCAAGAUUAAGUCAAAUAAUAGAAUACUAUUUUAGUCGAGGUUUAAGCUAAAGUGAUGACCGCUACUGGUCAUUUUGUGGUCGUCUUUAUGUUUUGUUAGGCUUCCGACAGAUCAUGGAUAACACCAUGUACAUUAGAGAAAGAGGCAGUCUUCGUCGUGUCGCCGUUGGUGAUAUAAUUCUAGCAGAACCAAAGCCAGCAUCAUCAUGCAGGAGGACAAACCCUUUGGUGCUGAGAAAAGAGCAUUUUAUUUUCACCUACAAUGACGAGGGAAGCCUCAGAUACACCACAAAAUCUCUCUUUGACAUCACCCUCCUGUUUGUAGCUGACAACAUCCAACAUGUGGACUCUCUGGUUGGCUUCCCAGAGCAAAUAGGUGACAGACUUUUUGCAGCAGCAGAAGAGAACCGUGCAUUUCUAAACCCAGAGAUUUCUCACAAAGCCCUGAAGUUAUUCAGUGAUGCAUAUGGAGGCAUGGUGCUUGGGUCUCUCUGUCUUAGAAACAGGUUUCCACUCCUGCAUGAGUGGAUGGAUGAGAUAAAAACAUUUCAUAGCUUGAAGUCUCUAGACUUGUUUGGCUGCAGACUGGGAGAUGAUCAUGACAUAUUCCAGCAUCUAACAUCCACAUCCCUGGCAAAGAGUCUGAAUCAGCUGUUUAUUGGUGGAAAUAAUGUGUCAGAUGUGGGCCUGCAAAGACUGACUGCACCUAUCCGGAUGAUGCAGAAAGGACUGGACCGCCUGCUGCUCCUGGAUGUUUCUUACAAUCCCAUCUCAGAAAGGGCACUCCGAUACCUCAAAUGCCUGCCAAUGCUGGAAAAACUCAAUGCCUCUGGGACCAAUAUGAAGCUUGGCACAGGACUGAAGACCACCAUAUGGAACGUGCUGGGACUUAUUCAUUCUGAAAAACCACUGGACUCUUUUGAGCACUCAGGAUGUAAAACUGAAGGAUGGGCAGAGCAGGUUGUAAAUCAGUGGGAAACAAAUGGCUCACAAAAGUCAAAACAGAAGAAAAUGGAAGAGUCAAGAGCAUCAGCGCUUUACUUUUUUGGGAGGCAGAAGUUUGUCAGAAAUGUUCUGAAUGCAGCACCUUUGAAAAGUGGAAGUGUGGACGCCUCCAGCAUCGAGAAACUACAUUUCUACAAACCUGCAGCAAACAAUCACAUGAAAGGGGAACCCGAACCCGUUCCUCGUGCCUUAAACCAUCAAGUUACGUCCCCCUGCUUUAACCCCAAAAAACGGAAGCAGGAGUCUAACAGUUGCGAUGCUUCACGUCAAAGCUCUCCGACAAAGCGUUUAUGCUCUUCAGCUUUUACUGCGGAGGAAAUGGACUUGUUGAACAGCUAUUAAAAAAGACGUGCAGCCUUCCAGAAAGGUAACAGUGGAAAAACAAAGGGCGUCCAGACUCAGAGGAUCUAUAGUUUAUUUACACAUAUUAAUGGUGGAAACUGAGUUGUAGUAUUAACAUAUGUGAAUCCUUUUUGUAAAUAAAAGUUUUGUAUUUUGCA